UUGUGGGUUUCUGUUGAGCGCCAUUUUGAUUAAAGUAAUGUGCAAGGGGGUUGCGGGCUACACUCUACUCUGAUAUUUUCUCGAUUUAAACACAUUCAUACGUGAGUCGACUGACGCUUGACAGAGACUAAGCCAUUUGAGUACACCGAAAAUGGCCACGGGAGCAAACGCAACUCCUUUAGGGAAGUUGCACCCCAGUAUUGGCGCUAAACGAGGAUUUGACGCCGGGCCUGGUGCGGGGAACGGGCUGAUGCCAACACCGGGGCCGCCAGCGUCCUUUCCUUCGCUACAAGCUUUCCAACCCCCGAUGCCAAAUGCAUCUUUUCCGCAGCCACACCAGUUCAAUCCAGGGACAGGUUUUUCGACGCAGGUUCAACAACAACCACCCGCAGCGACCGGAAUGGCCAAACCAGUAGACUUCGGUCAGAAAAAACAGAGGAAGAAGAGCCGUUGGAGCAGCGAGACGCCUGAUCAGAAGACAGUCAUACCGGGCAUGCCCACUGUCAUUCCACCUGGACUGACCCGGGAUCAAGAGAGAGCCUAUAUAGUCCAACUGCAGAUUGAAGACCUGACUCGUAAACUGCGUACAGGAGACCUGGGAAUCCCUGUUAACCCUGAGGACAGGUCUCCCUCGCCGGAGCCCAUCUACAACAGCGAGGGUAAACGGUUAAACACCCGCGAGUAUCGCACACGAAAGAAGAUUGAGGAGGAGCGUCACUCCCUCAUCACUGAGAUGGUUGGACUCAACCCUGAUUUCAAACCUCCCGCAGACUAUAAGCCUCCAGCCACCAGAGUCAAUGACAAAGUUAUGAUCCCCCAAGAUGAAUACCCUGAAAUCAACUUUGUUGGGCUCCUAAUUGGACCACGUGGCAAUACGCUGAAGAACAUUGAGAAGGAGUGUUGCGCCAAGAUCAUGAUUCGGGGCAAGGGUUCUGUGAAGGAAGGGAAGGUAGGCCGAAAGGAUGGACAGAUGCUGCCUGGGGAAGAUGAGCCUCUUCAUGCCCUGGUCACCGCCAAUACGAUGGAGAACGUCAAGAAAGCCGUGGAGCAGAUUCGCAACAUUCUGAAGCAAGGCAUUGAGACACCUGAGGAUCAGAAUGACCUACGAAAAAUGCAGCUGAGAGAGCUUGCCAGACUCAAUGGCACCCUGAGGGAAGACGACAACAGGAUCCUUCGUCCUUGGCAGAAUGCUGAGCCCCGCAGCAUCACCAACACCACCCUCUGUACCAAGUGUGGUGGAGCAGGCCACAUCUCCUCUGACUGCAAGUACACCAGCUCGUUCGCUGCCCACAGAGCGACAGGAGGUGAGCCUCCUCAGUCGGCACAGGACAAGGCUCGCAUGGACAAGGAGUAUCUGUCCCUUAUGGCCGAGCUGGGGGAGGCUCCAGUCCCCACUUCUGGUGGAGGACACUCUAGCACCCAGGGAGGAGGGCCUCGGUCCUCGGGACCCAACAAUAACCAGCCACCACCGCAGAAUCGGCCCCCCUGGAUGAGCUCUGGACCUACUGAGAACAGGAACUUCCACGGCAUGCAUGGAGGGCAUGGUAGCCACGGAGGACCCCACAACUUCCCUCCUCCCAUGCCCAACAUGGGAGGCCCCCCUAUGCCCCCCAACCCCAACGGCCUGCCUCCCCCCUGGAUGCAGCCACCUCCUCCUCCCAUGGGCCAGGGUCCAGGACCUCACGGACACCCCAUGGGUAAGAGCUGA